AUGACCGGCCCAAGUGAUCCCCAGACACUAGGAAACAGGGGCACUGACCUGAGUAAAAAUCAGGUUCAUCGUAGGGGCGAAUACAAUGUUUACAGCACAUUCCAGAGCCAUGAACCUGAGUUCGAUUACCUGAAGAGUUUAGAAAUAGAAGAAAAAAUCAAUAAAAUAAGAUGGCUCCCUCAGCAGAACGCAGCCUACUUCCUCCUGUCUACUAAUGAUAAAACUGUGAAGCUGUGGAAAGUCAGCGAACGUGAUAAAAGACCAGAAGGCUACAACCUGAAAGAUGAGGAGGGCCGGCUUCGAGACCCUGCCACCAUCACAACCUUGCGGGUGCCUGUCUUGAGACCUAUGGACCUGAUGGUGGAGGCCACCCCACGAAGAGUAUUUGCCAAUGCACACACGUAUCACAUCAACUCCAUAUCAGUCAACAGCGACUAUGAAACCUACAUGUCAGCUGAUGACCUGAGGAUUAAUCUAUGGAACUUUGAAAUAACCAAUCAAAGUUUUAAUAUCGUUGACAUCAAGCCAGCCAACAUGGAGGAGCUCACGGAGGUGAUCACAGCAGCCGAGUUCCACCCCCAUCACUGCAACACCUUCGUGUACAGCAGCAGCAAAGGGACAAUCCGGCUGUGUGACAUGAGGGCGUCGGCCCUGUGUGACAGGCACACCAAAUUUUGCCGUGGAGAGCCAGACAUGAAGACCUUAUCUCUCACAGACACAGUGUUCAGUUUCAGUUCCUAUGUGACCGCAGUGACAGGACGACUCUUUGUGUCGGUCCACAGUGGGAGGUAUAUCAUGACCCGGGACUAUCUGACCGUAAAAGUCUGGGAUCUCAACAUGGAAAACCGCCCCAUCGAGACUUACCAGGUUCAUGACUACCUCCGUAGCAAGCUGUGCUCCCUCUACGAAAACGACUGCAUUUUUGAUAAAUUUGAAUGUGUGUGGAAUGGGUCAGACAGUGUCAUCAUGACCGGCUCCUACAACAACUUCUUCAGGAUGUUUGACCGAAACACCAAGCGCGAUGUUACCCUGGAGGCCUCGAGGGAAAACAGCAAACCCCGGGCUAUCCUAAAACCACGGAAAGUGUGCGUGGGGGGCAAGCGGAGAAAAGACGAGAUCAGCGUGGACAGCCUGGACUUUAGCAAAAAGAUCUUGCAUACAGCUUGGCAUCCUUCAGAAAAUAUCAUAGCGGUGGCGGCUACAAAUAACCUAUAUAUAUUCCAGGACAAGGUUAACUAGGAGGACAACUUAUUAUUACUUAAGAAGCUCACAUAUUGAAUACUAGUCAAACACCUUUUUAAAUGUUUCUUUGGGUCUUCAUUUGAUGCAUUGACUUUAAUUUCCCUAUGCAGAAAACAAUUGGGGUGGCAUUAAAAGGAGUCCAACUUUCCCAAAUCCCCAGUUCUAAGAAACUUUUGUUCAACCCAAUAGGCCCCGGGACAAUUCUGUUUAGCAUUGAGAGCUGCCAGCUAACAGUAAUUCUUCCAUAGUUGACCUGAAUUUCUGAUGCUUUUAUUGCCCAGUUUUCUCUGGUGGGUCCAGUGUUUUGUUUCUAGGUGUCUGCUGAGAUAAAAUGAGGUUGUCUUGUAGUAUUUAAAGCAAAAAGAUAAGUUCUUUUUUUUUUUUAAUUAAGCAAUUCCAUUUGAUUGAAAAAUUCAACAACAAAAAAAUAAACACCGUCUACUCUUA